AGGUUUAUGCUUAUCACUGUCUACAUGGUCCCGUAAUAAACUCGACAUUUCAAAGUACGAAGUUUGUUGCUAAAGCACAAGCUCACUUCGCACUUCCGCGGCUGUGCCCUCGAUAACACACGCCUUGGUGGGAAAGAAACGGGUGGUGUCGGGUCUACGGCUGUAGAUAUGACGGGUCAGCCUCACCGCGCGCGGUUUUCUCCGGUGGAAUGUACAGUCGAGCCGCAUGUGAGGGUACUUCAUGGCACAGCUGAUGCCCGGAGGGAUUAAAGAGAGGCAGCAAAACUAGAUGAGCAAGAUACAGUUAGCCUAUAAUGUCAACACAUGAUCUGAAGUUGCAGCAGUCAAGUUGUCAAAGCGGAGUGAAAGCCAGCGUGACUUGCUAUUUCCCAGAUCAGGAGAUAUUGUACACACAAACUGACAAAUCACGUUUUCAGAAUGUAAGUGAACAUGAGAAGUUACAUCCUGGACCACUGGCUCAACACAUCCACAACAAGAAAGAUUUAGAAACUAGAACUAUUGCAUCUUCACCAUCAUCGCAGUUAACAGGCCAGCUGAAAAGCAGCAGAGAUUUACAGAUCAGGCAAGUAAUACUUCUCAGAUCUAAGGAAGACUCCAGUAGGACAUCUGAAGAACAGAGGAAAUCUGCCAGAUUCACUUCCACCAUCUCUAUCAGUCUUCCUAAUAGAAGAAACAAAAAAGACACGGCGGUGGAAAAAACACUGCAUGCUACAACUAACCUUUACAGCACACAUGAAGCCGUAAAAAACACAGCUAAUCAAAACCACACAGAGCUAAGAGACGUGCUUUCACCAACUGAGCAAUGUGGUGAAUCAACUGGUGAAUUCUUUAAGAAUAGGGAUGGGCCAAAAGCAAGCUUUGAUGAAGACAGUUUUACCACUCUGCAUCAACAUGGACAUAACACACCAAAACAGGGACAAAAUACAGGAAUACAACACAACAUAGGCCUUCAUGAACAAACGCAAAUUGUCUACAACGGCUCACAAAGACAUUCUACUCAACCUGUUUGUAAGGUUCAAACAGAAUUCAACAAGGAAUCUGGAGCCAGCGACUGUAGAAAGAAUGCUGCAACAACUCCACAGUACCACAGUAAUCUGACCUCCUUUGAAGUGGACAAUGGUCUAAAAGCAAGCACUGAUUCCCAGUUUUUUGCACACCAUUCAGAAGUAGUAAACCAGGUCUUGCCAUUAGACUCUUUUCCUGCUCCUCAUUCUGAAAGUACCCCUGAGCCAGAACCUGGUCUUAACAAUCCUACAUCAACUAUGUUGACAUCAGCCCUGGUCUCAGUUCUUGCUCCACCUUGGAGUGGCCGUCUUCGAAGACCCAAGCAAGGCGGCAGCGAAGUACAGCAUGAACCCCAAGAUUGUGCACAGAAUGUCAACCCAUCUACCUUAUUUCGCCAGGAUCAGCACCAACAACCAUUUCUUCCUUCCCAGAGGCAACCAUCUGAACACAUGUUGGCCAAUGACAAUGACAUGCAGUUGACUGCAGGAACCAGCUGUAACUCUCCUGACUGGCAAAAAGAGAACAAUUCCCCAAACAUCACAACCACAAUACAGCCAAAGAGACCCAUUAUUAAAUCCUCCUCUGUGGGCAUGAUGUACAAUAAUACAGAUUUGCAUCCUUUUCCCACACCUCUGGACACUCAUCAGGUACCAAAUUUGGCCCAUUCAGGGUACAGAAUAUCAAAAACUGGAGAUGAACAUCAGCCUUUCAAAUCAUUGAGCUCUAAGCCAACAACAAGCACCCUACUUCUUUCCUUGAGGAGGUCAAAUUUGAGAAGCUCCAGUGCUGAGCCCACACAAUCACAGACUCCGAUGACUAGGUCUGUCAGGUCCCUUACAUUGCCUAGCAGAGUUGUUUUGAAAACUCCGUCAUUUGCCCAUUCUGUUACCGCUGAUGACCAAACCCCCAAAUACCCAGACACUCCUGCAAGAACAGAGGAAAUACCAGUCAGUCAGUUCCCUUUCUCACAUGGAAUUAAGAGUAGAGUGCCAUUAAGGAAAUCACUGUUUCUAAACAAACCAGAGACGGCAAUUUCAAAGAGACUAGAAGCUUCUGUUGCCAGAGUAGAGGAGGAACGUUUCCCAAUGUCCACAACCAAAACCGGCCAACUUGGGGUUCUCAGAGCUCAACAGAGCUCUUAUUCAGUGUUUUCGAGGAAAUAUUCCAGUACAGAGGACAUAGAUCUAGUGGAACUAAAUGCUGCCAACAACAACAACCUGCAAAACUCCAGUAUGACCAGACAAAAAGUAACUCCAGAUACCACAUUUUCUCCCAAAGUUUUAACAAAUUUUAAUGUUCAACAAUCUGGCUUUAAUGUUCAAAAAUUUAAAUCACAAAGUACACACAAUAUAAUAGCCAGUAGUUCAUCAGGCACAAGCACCUUCACAGACAGGCUUAACUACUCACCAAGGAAAGACUCUUCUGUAGAUGGAACAAGUCCCACAAAUGUGGGGCAGAUAUAUCUGGACUCUAAGAAAUAUUCUCAGUCAAGUCAAAGCACAAUGGAUCUUUCGAGCCUUCUUUCUCCAAGCAGACCUCUCAGAAGUGUAAGAGUACCAAGCAUUUAUUCAUACCUAAGGGAGUCCAGCUCAGCUAUGUCCACCCCUUUCCCUUCUACCCCUUCUUCCCACAUACAGAAAGGUGAAACAUUGCCUCCUGAGCAAAAUGGAGGUGGAACACUACAGGGUGACCGGAAAACACUUCCUUCAAGAUUUUCAUUUGACUUUGUACCACAGGUAGAAGCAUUACAAAGAAGCUCUUAUGGCUCCAGCUCUCAUAUAGCACCAGCUCAAUCUCUGCCUCCUGAUUUUGGACGAAGAUCAGCACCUCGUCUCAGCACUUCUCCAUAUUCUAGCCUCAUCUCCUCACGACCUACACUCAACAACACUUUACAAGAACUAUCCUCUCCACCUGUGUCCAAAACUCAUACCCGAACUACAUCUUAUGAUAUUGUAACCACUCCUGCAGACUUCAUUAAAGUUGAUCCAAUCUCUUCACUGUCCACAUACACAAGUAUAAUAAGAAGACCAAAGGAACAGUUAGCUUCUCCUAACAGAAAACAGAGGACAGCAGUUCAAGAUCAUACAAGCGCCCUAGAUAAUCACAAACCUGCCCAGCCAUGCCUCUUACAAGCUGCACCAGAUGCAAGUUUUUUCAUGGAAAGCCAAAGCUCAAAUAUAAGCCCACACCCAAGGCAGCCCAGCACAGGCUCUAACAACUUCUGUCAUCAGGAGCAUGAUGGCUUGAUGGAACUUCAGCUUGAUAAGGGUAAUGCUUACCCCAAGCACAGGCUGAGUGAGAACGAGAAGUAUUUAAUACCUGAUAAGCGCACAGUAGAAAAUAAGACUCCACUGAUAGCUGAGAGAGAGAUUCCCACUGUGCAUAGGCAUGAGAGACUGCAGGAAAUGCAAAGUUCCAAUUCAAAAAAAGGCCUCUUUAGUUCACGAGUUAAGAAAGACAAAGAAGCUGUCUGCUCUUCAGCUUCUAUGCCAGACAAAGAGGUUGUUAAUCCCCAGUAUUUAAAAACCAAAAGACAUUCAACAGUGUUUAAAACCAUCAGCAGGGUUGACCAGAUGUUAAAUCGCUUGAAACUGACAUUUGGUGUCAAACAUUCAGACAGCUCACUUGACGCACUAUCGAAAAAGAACAAGAGUCCCACUCGGCAACUCUCAGAUACUGAGACUUUUGAAAGUCCCAAGACAGAGGACAAAACAUGUUCUGAGAGCCACCCGGAACCUUCUAACUACUCUUUAACAACUGAUAAAACCACUUUAAAUUCCUUGUCACUACUAACAUUAAAAGAAUCUCAGAAUACAUUAAAUGUGGAUGAACAAAAUAAGUCUAUGGCUGAAAUAAAUUAUUCUGGGAGUACACGGGAGGCCCCCAACUCAUUCUUGACCACUGAUAAAGCCUCUUUUGCAUCUUUGUCACCACUUACAUUAAAGAAAUCUGAGAAUACCUUAAAUAAGGAUUGGCAAAAUAGAUCUACAACUGAACAAAAGGGUUAUGGGUGCACAUGGGAGACCCCCAGCUCAUCUUUGACCACUGAUAAAGCCUCUUUUGCAUCUUUGUCACCACUUACAUUAAAGAAAUCUGGGAAUACUCAAAAUAUGAAUUGGCAAAACAGAUCUACAACUGAACAAAAGGGUUCUGGGUGCACAUGGGAGGCCCCCAACUCAUAUUUUACCACCGAUAAAGCAUCUUUUGACUCUUUUGGGUCUUUGUCGCCACUUACAUUAAAGAAAUCUGAGAAUUCUUUAAAUAUGGACUGGCAAAACAGAUCUACAACAGAUCAAAAGAGUUCUGGGUGCACAUGGGAGGAACCCAACUCAUCUUUGACCACUGAUAAAGCACCUUUGGCUUCUUUUGAGUCCUUGUCACCAUUAAUAUUAAAUAAAUCAUCUGAGAAUAUGUUAAAUGUUCAUCAGCAAAAGAGGCAUAGCGAUGAAAAUGGAAACCGCUCUUAUGGUAGGAGCUUUAGUCCACAUAGGCUAAAGGCCCAAAGUAUGAAUCGUUCUGCCACCUUGCCACAUUACAGAAAAUCCUCUGUCGGUCCCCCAUCACCCUUUUAUUUGUUUGAUUUUGAUUCAGAAGACAUUCAGAAUGACAAUGUGUUUUAUAGUCCAGUGUGCAAAAAAACAAAUUCACUGUGUGAGUCUGAUGACUUCUCUUCUCUGAACUCCACCAAAGUCCCGUGCAGCAAAACCUUGUGAGGUCUCACUUGUCCUCGUCGUGUGCUGAUUUAAAGUAUGGUCUACACAAUGGACGAUCUUUCUCGGUAAGCAGUGUGGUUUCAAGCCGCCCAUCAGGUCCUGGACGAAUCUCAACAAGCAGCAUCAGCGACCUCUCAAGUUUGGAUGACUUUGUGCCGAAGGGGAAUUAUACAGUAGUUGACUCUCCAAUGAAUAGUAGCCAUUCUCCAGUCUGUGAUGCCAAAUCUAUCACUGGUAAACAGUCUGGACCUGGAUAUACAGAUGAUCUUGAUCUUGAUCAUUAUGAUGCAGACCCAACCCCACCUCCAUCACCAACUAUGUCCUCUUCACCUCGGCGGAUGUCCCAGGCACCUUCUGUGUCUUCCCCCAUGUGGACAACUCCAGAAAAUAUGUCUCCUUCUCGUGGAAUCCUGUCAUCAAGGAGCUACACAACCAGCUUGACUGUUUUUGAGGAGUCUGAUUCUGACACCACAACCGAAGAUGAAUACUAUCUUGACAAUUGUGAUGAUGCAGAAGAAACAGAACUUUAGAGGAGAGAAUUAUGUGUUGUUCAAUUCCAUCAUGUUUACAUAUACUGAACCUUUUAAAUUGGGGAGUGCGGGGGUUCUACGUUUAGGGUCUUCUACUACAAAGCUGCAGCAACAUUAGGCCUCUGUCAAGCCAAUCUAAAUUGUAAAAACAACUAGAAAUCCAGAUUGGAUAUGAAUAGAAAGAAAUAUAAUUAUAUCAGAAAUGUAAGACCAUGUUGAUUUCAUAUUUUUUGUUAUAAAUUAAAUAUAAUGGGCUUUUUGAAUACUUUAGUGUUUGAGGAUAGCAAUUUUUUAUUUCAUUAUGAAUUCAUAUACAAUACAGUACAUUAGGUUUUUUAUAUAUAUUUUCUGGAUCUUGAGUCUUUGAAAUGGUGAAUUCUCACAUCAUUCCUUUAUUGAGGCCUGCUUCCUGUAGGUUAUUGACUGUUUCAUUCACUGUGGCAUUUGAAAGCACAGCAUGUCAGUUACAAUACAUUAUUUUCCUGACAGACAUUCUAUAGUCAGUAGCUGUUAACUAAGAAACUGAACCCCAACUGUUUAACACAGGUGUUUGAAUUUUUUUCAUUUCAUACUGCUCCUUUAACAGUCAGAAAAGAAAAAAAAGAAUAGAACAAUUGAAGUGCCCCUGUAACACUGAUGAUUCCACAUUAAUUGCGGUUAAGUCUGUAAAGAAGAUGAUGUUACAGAAGUCUGCUAUCCAUUUGAUAUUACCGUUAAAAGUAUGAAAGUGUUAUUGAAAACUGGCUGAUCCUGGCAUAUGCAACAUCCGCAACUUGUUAAUUUGAGGUUCAAACAAGGCCUCUCACAAUCAUUGCAAAAGACAUACCACUAGAUGAACUAAGCAUUCUUAAAUAAGAUCUCACAGUUGAUUUUAUUUACUGUAUAAUUUAAUUGUGCUGUUUGUGUGCAUCAUGUUUGUGUGUGGCUUUCAGUGUAAUUUUAAUGGAUCUUUUAUUAUAAUUUAUUAUGCAGGGCAGGGGUUGGGGCAUCAUUUCUCCCCUAGAGCCUAGGGACCUCCAUAAGCUGUUAAGAUGCUCAAUUGCAGCACUGACAACAACACAGUAGGAAAUGCUGUAUAACAUAGUCCUACAUAUGUAAGGUCCUUUAUGUAAGGGAUUUCUUGAAUGUCUACAUUAAAUCGGUUAUAUUUAUUAACAUUUAAUAUAUUGAAUACACUGUAUUUUUCUUAAGGCAUAAGGCGAAUAAUAUUGAUCACUUAUUAAAAAAAUUAAUAAAGUAUCUGUAAAUGACAAACUUUGCACAUGACCUAAGUUAAACUGCUAUGCUAAAUUUUUAUUAGCAAGUACACUGUAGACUUAGUAAACUGUAUAACUCUAAUAACACAGAAAUUCCUUAAUUACAGCUCAUUAAAACAUGCUGACACUGUUGCGUGUCAUGUCACAACCUGCCAUAAUUUCCAGUGAACAGUUAUGACUAUGAGUGAUGCAACCAAUUUAGCCCUCUUAUAUGAUCGAUGUUUCAGUAAUGGUUGGCAGGUUUGCGGAACAAGCAGCCUGUUCUGUUAAAAAAUAAAUAACUAAAUAAACAUGACUGCAAUCUUUGGA